CGGAUGAGGCGGUACUUCCGUUUGGACGGUCCAAAAUGGCGCUCUGGGGGCUUUUUUGAAACCGUGCGUCGUCGGUGAGCCCGCGCCGCUCGGUUCUUCUGAAUGGCGCUUCACGGGACUCCAAGGCUGGGACCCCAGCUUGCAAAGUUGGCUCGGAGUUUCCACUGCAGUACCAUGAAGUAUGCCGGAAGUGAAUGGAGAAUAAAGCACGGACUCCCUGAAAACCCAUCUGAUCAGGGGCUGACUACCGAUUUACCGGAUUGGUCUUUUGCUGAUGGCAGGCCCGCCCCUCCCAUGGCAGGCCAUCUCCGACGACAGGAAAAAAAACGGGAAUUAGUGAGGCGCAUAGCCCAGCUCUCUUCUGAACUGGACCACGGGAUGAAAAAGUGGGAAGCAAAACAGAAAAAGCAGGAAGAAGACCAAGAAGAGAAGCGGCGCAAGAGACUUCGGCCCAAAGGAGACUCCCUCCAGCAGGUCCAGAAAUAAUUGUCCUUUCUCCCUCUGCAUUCUCGAGCUUCCAAAAAAAAAGGUUUAUAAAUCUAUAAUAAAUAUAUCUAUGUAUAAUAAA